UUCUCAUAACAUGUUCGAGUAUAAUCUCACAAAAGAAUCCGGUGAAGAUUGAACAGUAAUCAUAGAUUCCAAAGGAAUUAAAUAGAAAGGCCAAAGAAAUAAUUUCACGCUAUUGUUAUUUUCCACGCAAGUCGACAAACUCGUUCAUUAACUUGAAAUAGUCGCACCUCCAUUGGAAUCAUCACAGUCAAAAUGUAGACUUCACGAUAACAACAGCAUCAUUUGUUUUUUUAUUAUUAAAAACUAUAAACUCUGUGAUUUGUGUUUCUAUAAUAAUCAAGUGACUAAGACAAUAUUUAUUUAAAAAAAAAAAAUAGACAAUUUGUGUCCGUUUUAUUUUUUGUUACAAGAAUUUUUUCUUUUUUAUUCAGUGAAACGUAAAAACUUUUUUGACGUUACUUGAAUCUCAAAAUGAGAUUUUGUAAAGUGUUUUUAGUGAUUGUGAUUUUUUAGUCAAUUUCAGAUCAAAUAUUCGACAAAAUGAGGAUCUCUUGGUUUAUAGCGAUCGAAGCCUUUCUGCUUUCCAUUGUUUUUGCCAAAACUGAGGAUCCAAAUAGACUCGAGGAUUUAACAACUCAAGAAUCGAUUUCAAUUGCAAAUGUCAAUUCCUCAGUGGAAGAAAAUUUUCAACAAUCCAAGGAGAAAGAAAAACCUCGAAAUGUUCGACAUACAGAAAAUAUUAUCUCGCCAAUUUUCACUGACAAUCAUUGGUCAUCAAUUGAAAAUCCAAUUUUUUUUGAACCCACACAACAGGAUAAAGAAAAAACUAAACUCGUUCUCAUUGAACCAUUUUUUCGUGCAAAAAAAAUGGAAAAAGGUUUUUGGGGUUGGUUAAAGAAAAUUUUUGGUAACAACAAUGAUAAAAAUGAUAAAAUUGGUCAAGGUCCUCUAAUUGGUCCAGUUAAAGUACCAGGAAUGAGUGAUAAUGUUUAUAUUCGUGCAGCUGAUACAGAAAAUGAAGCAAAUCAUGUUGUUAUUCAUUUAAUGAUGAAAAAACCAUUGGAGAAAGAAAUUAAAUUUGAAAAUCAUUUGCCACUCGUUCAAUUUGAUACUGUUCAUCAAUUACCAGUGGAAAAUUCAAAUUUUCAAAGUGAAAUUAUUUCACCACAUUUUUCACAUGAGGGACUAUUUGAUAAAUCAGCUCAUUAUCCAGUUGAUAAUUCAUGGUCGUCCAUUAUUCCAUCAUCAUCAAUUCAUAUACCAACGGUGAAGGAAAAUUUUUACGCUAAUCCCAGUUUUUUUAGAAAACAUUCAACUGAUAAUGAGGGAACUGAAUUUUCUUCUACUUUAACGAAAGAUAUCGAAGAACCACAACAAUUUACAGCCUGGUCUCAACAAUACGAUCCGCCAGUGGAAAGUUAUAAUCAAGAAGAUCCAGGACAAUUGCUUUUCUAUAGAUCAGAAGAAAAUCGUCAAUUCUCAUCAGCUCGAGAGGAUAUUAAUAAUCUUCAAAGAUCGCAAACUUCAGAAUUGGAAAUAUCGGAAAAUAAAGAAUCGUUACCACUUUAUCCACCUCUUUUUAAUUCUUCAUUCGGUCAAAAUAUUUCAAAUAACAGAAAUAAUCAAAUUUACGUGACAAAUGGAAAUAAUUUAAAAUCAUCAUCUGGACCAAAAAGAGAAUCACAACCAUAUCCAGGACUUGGUGCUUAUAAAACAGAAUUAAAAAUUGUCAAUUUACCAUUAAACAUUAGUCACGCAAAUAUUGAGGAAGAAUAUAUUUCCAAUGUAGGAAUUCAAGAAGUCGAGGCACCAAAUCUUUCACAAGCUGAAAAUAGAGGAAUUUAUCAAUUUUCCGAAAUUGACAAUAUCGAGGAAUCUAAAGGGAAUAAAAAAAUUGAAAAUUCAAAAAAAAUUCGCAACAGUCAAAAUUAUGAUUCAAUAGAUUCUAAUAAAAAUUUUAAUUCAAAUGAUUCAAUUUCGAACGUAACGGAAAUUGAUGAAUCAUUAAAAACAAUAUCAGCAUCCUAUCCCUGGGAUUAUCGAUCCACGAAUAAUAAAUUCAAUAUUUCAAUAGCUGAAGAUGAUAAAAUAAAGGUUUCCGAUUCGCAAAGUGUUUCCAAAUCUGAAUCCGAAGAGAAAAAAAAUGUGCGAAAUGAAUCAAGACUGAGAACAAACAGAAUAAGAACCCGAAAUCGUGAGAUUAAAAAUAAAAAUUUAAAUCCAAUCGUAGAGGAGAAAAAUUCCCAACAGGAAAAUAAAUCAAAAGAUAUUACGGAGAAUAAAAAAAUCGAAGAACUUAAAGUUACAGAAGAAACAGAAGAAAAAGACAACAAAAUGGAAAAACCAUUGACAGCCGAGAAAGUUAAAGAAUUUUUCCUAAAAGAAUCGAAACGAUUUGAACAAGUAUUAAAAACAGUUGAAGAAGAAUCAGAAGCUAUCAAAGAAGAAACUGCGAAAGUAAAUUCACAAAAUAAUGAAGACCUUUCAUCUAAAGAUACAAAAGAAGAAUUGAAAAUUAAUCCCGAGGAAAAAUUAAAAAUUAACACCAAAGAAAUUAAAGACAACGAAGAAAAUUCAAAGAAUCAAGAAACGAAAAUUAAAAAUCAAACAGAAGAAUCAGAAAAAUUAACUAUCAAAAAAGAAUUAAAACCCACUAUAGAAAUUCCGUCAAAAAUUGAAAAAAUAACAAUUGAAGAUAAUUCAAAGGCCAUUAAAGAUGCUUUAGAAGCCGUAAAAGAAGACCUCAAGGCCGUCAAAGAAGAAUUAAAAGUAUCAAGAGAAAAAUCAAAAUUACAAAAAGAAAUAAAAUCUGAAGAAACGCCAAAAUCCGAAGAUUCGAAAUUUAUCAAUGAAAAUGCAAAGAAAGAAAGAAUAAUAAAACCUGUAAGAAAAUUAACAAAAUCACAAAUUGAAGAAAAAUUGAAAACAAAGGAAAUAAUAUCUGAUGAAAAAUUAAAAUCAUUCGAAGAUGAUAUACCAUUAAAAAUGUUAUUUAACACAAGAGAAAAUUCUCAAGAAAAAUUAACAACAGAAAUAAAAAAUUCCGAGGAAAAUGAAAAAUUACAACCAAAAAUUUCCAUAGUUAGUGAUAGUCGAAUUAUUAAUAAAUCAAGAUCAAGAAAACCAUUAAAUAAAGAAAUAAAAAAAUCAAAUUCAACUAGAUUUGAAUUAAAAAAACCAAAAAUCUCCAUUCUUGACGGACGUUUUAGAAGUAAAUUAAAAAAUACUACUUCUAAUAAUUUAAAAUCAAAUUCCACUGUAAAAAAUGAAGCAACAACAAUUAUUACUACACCACCGUCGCAUAUUACAAGAAUUUAUGGAAAAAAUCGUUCUGUCGAUAAAUUAAAAUAUAAUGCAAUUAAAGAGAAAAUUGUCAAAUCUGAGGAAAAUAAGAAAAUUGAUCAAGCGUCCAUGGAAAAACCAAAAGUAGUACGAUUAAAUAAAUUUUCACCAAGAACAAGAAAUUUCAAACCAAAAUUUGAUAAGAAAAUUGUAAAUGGUUCGGAAGAAAUAAAAUCUGAUUAAAAAAUUAAUGAAAGAAGCGUAAAAAAAUAGUUUAAAAAUAUUUUGUAAGAAAAUAAUGUUAAAUAUUAAUAAUUUUUUUUUUAAUAUUAAAUUAAAUUAAAAUUAAGUUACAAAAAUAUAAUGGAAUAUAUUAUAAAUUAUAUAUAUAAUAAUAUAAAUAUUAUUCAUUGAUUGAAAAUUACUAUAUAAGUAAAUAUUGAUAAAUAUUAAUUGU